UCUCCUAGGAAAGUAAAUAAACUUAGUUGAGAAUGUCCGAAAACCCUGGCAAGCCCAAUAUAAAUGAAGCCGGAAAAUCAAAAUCGAAUGAUUCUGAGCAAGACCUUGAAGAUGCUGUGGAAGGUUCUGAUGAAGCUGUACAGAAAACAAUAAAGUCGGUCUCUCCCAGCACCCAAAGAGUGCAAAGACCUCACUCUAGUCCUCCUCGAUUUGUGACAGUAGAAGAACUUCUAGAGACAGCGAAAGGAGUCACUAACAUGGCUCUAGCCCAUGAAAUUGUAGUAAAUGGAGACUUUCGGAUUAAACCGGUUGAAUUACCAGAAGACAGCUUGGAGAAGAGAGUAAAGGAGAUUGUACAUAAAGCUUUUUGGGAUUGCUUGAGCGUCCAGCUAAGUGAAGAGCCCCCAACAUACGACCAUGCCAUCAAACUUGUUGGAGAAAUCAAAGAGACUCUCUUAUCUUUCUUGCUGCCUGGUCACACUAGACUGAGAAACCAGAUAACAGAAGUCUUGGAUCUGGAUCUGAUAAAGCAAGAAGCAGAGAAUGGAGCUUUAGACAUUUCCAAGCUGGCAGAAUUCAUUAUUGGUAUGAUGGGGACCCUAUGUGCACCUGCUCGAGAUGAGGAAGUCAGGAAACUAAAGGACAUCAAGGAAAUAGUGCCCCUUUUCAGGGCAAUUUUUUCCGUGUUGGACCUCAUGAAAGUAGACAUGGCGAACUUUGCCGUCACUAGCAUUAGGCCGCAUCUCAUGCAGCAGUCCGUGGACUAUGAAAGGAAGAAGUUUCAACAGCUUUUGGAGAAGCAACCAAAUUCCCUGGACUUUGUCACCCAGUGGCUGGAAGAAGCUGCAGAUGACCUUAUGAAUCAGAAGUACAAAAAUGCUCUGCCAGCUGGGGGAGGGGCCGCUGGCUCUGGGGACGGUCCCAUGCCAAAUCCUGUGGCUGUCCAGAAUUAUGCAUACCUGAAGCUUCUGAAAUGGGACCACCUCCAGAGACCUUUCCCAGAAACCGUUUUGAUGGACCAGGCUCGCUUCCAAGAGCUCCAGCUCCAGCUGGAGCAGCUCACCAUCCUGGGAGCCGUGUUGCUGGUCACGUUCAGCAUGGCAGCCCCAGGAAUUUCCAGCCAGGCCGACUUUGCUGAGAAACUCAAGAUGAUCGUGAAGGUUCUGCUGACAGAUACGCAUCUACCCUCCUUCCAUCUGAAGGACGCCCUGACUACCAUUGGGGAGAAAGUCUGCCUGGAGGUGAGCAGCUGCCUUGCCCUGUGUGGGCUCACCCCCUUCACCAUGGAAAAGGAGGCUGUGCUCAAGGGCCAGAUCCAGGCUGUGGCCAGUCCCGACGACCCCAUCCGCAGGAUCAUGGAUUCCCGAAUCCUGAUCUUCUUAGAAGGCUACCUUGCCUCAGGGCAUCAGAAGCCAUUGCCCACGGUCCCUGGGGGAUUGGGUCCAGUUCAGAAAGAGCUGGAAGAAGUUGCUAUUAAAUUUGUCCGCCUGGUCAACUAUAACAAGAUGGUCUUCAGUCCCUACUACGAUGCCAUCCUCAGUAAGAUCCUUGUCCGAUCCUAACACGUAUGCGCUCUAGGCUGCAGCAGUAUUAGCCUCUUGAUACAGAAUACCUAUUCUCAACUCUAGUGUUGCUUUGGAAAAUGGCUAUUUAGUACAUUUCUAUGUAACAGCCCUGAUUCCAAAAGGAAGAACACUGUGUAUCACUGUUGAUAAGAGUUGUUGACAAAGGCACUGAAUUCUAGUUUGAAGGUUUGUAUUUAUGAGUGCAAGUUUACAAAUCAAGAAGCUUCUUGUUCUC